UUCAAUUUAGGCUUGGUAGACAAGGAGGAGACUAAGUUUGUAAUCGGUUCAUGUCUAAUAAUCGAUUGAAAACAACUUAUGCAAUUGAUUUUGAACGAGCAGUAGUCUAUACAUAGAUACACUUUAGGUCCACAUUUCCCAGCCGGGGAGGAAUUUCCAAGGGGUGAUCAUGUUGUUCAUGGCGAAGAAUUACCUGUAAAUCGUUUCAUUGUAAUAAAAUGGCACUACACAUGAAAAUAAAUGGUUGGGAAAAAUUAAGACAACAUAAGAUUAGAAGAUUUAAUGGAGCUUCUUCUAGCACAUUCAAACUACCAGUACUGGGAGCUAGAGGAUCUGGAGCGAAAGAACUUGGUAAAAGUCUUCGCACAUUAUACGGAGAUUAUGCUGAAAAACAUCAAUUUGGCAUAGAGAGCGAAUCAGAUGCUGUACCGUAUAAACAACUAGUAAGAGGUAUUGCCAUUGACACAAUGUUAUCUUUGGUAAAUGAAGUCAAGGAAUCAGGAGUUGUGUAUUCCAAUCCCGAAAGAGUUACUGAUGUAACGACAGUCAAAACGCAAAAACCUGGUAAAGACAUACCAAGGGCGGUAUGGUUGGCUUUCAAACGAUUGUGGAACGAUCCAAUUUUCGGAGAAGCAGCCAUGAGUAAACCAUGCCACGAUAAAUAUGAAGAUGCUGAGUAUUACUUUAACAGCAUUGACAGAUUACGGUCAGCAAAGUACAUUCCAUCAUCAGACGAUAUCAAACUUUGUCGAUUUAAACUAAAUGGUGUUUCUGAAACUCCUAUGCGAAAAAAUUUAUGGUUACUAGAAGUCGAACCGAUCGAAACUAAAAAACAAGCUGAAAAAAUACUACAAUUCUUUGGAAGCAAUACAGUGGUAAUAUAUUGUGUUGAUAUUUCUUCAUAUGAUCAAUUUGAAGAUGAUGGAAAAACGAAUAAACUUCUAAAAACAUUGGAACAUUUUCAAUAUGUCGCUAAUCAUGACGUUACAAAAACAGUUUACAUGCUUACAAUUUUCACAAAUAAAGAGGAAUUUGAAACUAAACUUGCCCGAGUUCCUCUCAAAACUUGUUUUCGUCAUUAUAAAGGAUCCAAUAGCGUGGAGGAAGCAAUGGCUUUCAUUAGAAAAAAAUUUCAAGUGCAGUCAUUAAAACGACGAGGUUACUGUUCGUUUUUUAUUGCUGGAGAUCGCCUCAGAACUCAUGAAGACGUUGAAAAUAUGAAAAAGGUUCUGCUGUUCUGUGCUUCCUAUCUUCAAGCCGUAGCCUAUAAAUUAGUAUGAAUAUAAUCGCCAAUGUUGAAUUGCAAAUCUACACUCGAUUAUUCUUAUACAGUAAAUGGAAAGUCGAGUUGAACUGGAUCUGGUACAACAGCCCUUUUAAGUGGGAACUGUGAGGCUCAAUAUUUUCCUUUUCGAGUGAUUUCUCAAUUUACUGCUAACAACUAUUCGUAAAUUUGGUUCAAUACAUGAUUAUCUACACUCGUCAUCAAUUCUGGCUAGGAGUUCAAUUUCAACUCAUCUUCUGAAUAUCAAGGCUGAGUUGUCUACAAGCAACUCCUUGUGUGAGGGCUUACGAAUGGGUGGAACUGGAAUAUGCUCUAUAUUUAAUAUAGUCACGCAAUAUUACAAUAAUUACAAUAUUUGUAAUACAUAAU